AGGAAAUGAAGAUAGGGAGUUGUUCUGACCAAGAGGGCUGCCUUGACAUCAUUUAGCAACUUAAUAAAAAAGUUUAACUGAAAAGGCUUUGAAUAGUAAAUUGACACCAAAGAGCAAAAUGAACUUUUCAAUUGUAUUGUGGAUAUGGCUGCUAACAGUCUGCAUCAUCUGGAAACACUGUGGAAUUCAGGGGGACACAGAAGGAGCCACCAGGGCACAAGAUGGGAAUGCUUUUUUUGCCUUACGGAGUUGCCACCAGCUGCUCCGUAGUGAGAGCGGUGAGUUUUUCUCUCCCGACUAUCUGUGCUCCAACCCACCCCUGUGGUGCAACUGGACCAUUCAGGUCCAUCCUGGAAAGAGGAUACAUCUCCACUUGGAGGACUUGACUCCUGAUGAGACCUGCCAAUUCAAGCAGGACCAGAUUCAUGUGGAUGAGCCAGCUGGACAUUCAGGUGGCCACAAGGUGCUGCAGAUGUGCUGGCAAGAGGCCAAGUACACAUCGUCCUCCAACACUCUGUAUGUGGUGCUGCUAAUUGGUGGCUGGCCCAGUCCUUCUUACAGGGGCUUUUAUGCCCACUACCAGGCAUUUGGACCACCAGUUGCAUACAACCCACUGGAAGGCUUUACUGGGAGAAACAAGGGGCUGGAACCAUCUCCUGGACUAACAGAGUUUGAGGAUUUUGGACCAGUUACGAAUGAUGAACAACUGAAGACGGGAAAUUCUCAAGUGAUAUUUAAUUAUUAUGAUCAACAUUUAGACUUGCCUGCAGGGGAGCCCUGGGAGUCUGAGACCACAGAAAGAAUCACAGAGGUGGGUGCAAACUUUUACCCCUCCCCUGAAAACUACAGCCAUGUCUAUCAUGAAUUCAUGGCUGCACCUACAGUGUCGGCAUCAAUCCAGAAGACAUUUCGCUUGGGACGAGGUGUCUCACAUGGCCAGUCUGACUCGGCGGUUCUCCCUCCAUCUCUGCAGCAGCAAGGUGACAGUCAACAUAACGGACUCAAAACCAACACAAACACCUCAGCAGAACAAAGGAAUGCCUCUGAGGCUACCGCUGCAGAGGUUAAGCACAGGCUGCAAAGCAAGGCCAAAGGGGAGAGUACUGGUCACGGUGCUGAGCAAGCUACAGAUGAGCAGAACAGACUGAAGGUCAGUGAGACCUCAGAUCAGCCUCUUUCCUCCUCCCUUAGUCCUAAACUACAGCACAAUGGCCACUACUAUCCUCGCUCCAAGAAGGUGGAACAGCAAUCAGACUACGGAGGCAAUCAGACCAUUAAAAAUAACACUCGAGUUCCACAUCCUCCAGGAGAUUACCUGUUUGAAGUUGCUGUUGAGGUCAAUUUCAGUGAGGAUUUGGAGGAAUCAUGGGACAGCCUGGCCAGAUUACUGCUGUUGUCAAUUAAGACUGUGAUCACCAAGCAUAUGGAUGCUCUGCAUAAACAAGUAUACCUGUCCUCAAAAAGAAUAAAAAGGUUGAAUGCAGGAGCACUGUACAUUCUCUGGCUACAGAUUGGACAAGGGUCUGGAGGUGUGGGCAUUCAGAUGGCUGUCAAGUCUGCUAUGCAAGGACUACUUAACCUUAGAGCUACCUUCAGGAAUGCCGCCAUCAUCUCCGUGUCCUCUGCAGAUGUAAAUGAGUGUGGAACCCAGCUGGUUUUGUGUGACAUUAAUGCAGACUGUGUAAACCACUUUGGCUCAUACUCCUGCCACUGUAGGCCAGGCUUUAACGAUGAGUCUCGCUUUGGAUCAGGAGGAACCAUUUGUGUGGAUGCAAAGGCGACAGAAUGUGGCUCAGGCCUGUCCACUGAGACAAAAGGUGUCUAUGUGCUUUUCUUUCUGCUAAGCUCCCUUAUUCUGACUCUGAUGGUGGUGGCUGGCACACUUUAUCACCGUCACCACCGGGGGGCAUUCCUUGUACGCUGUCAAAGCAAUGGCAGCCUUUCACCUCCUGACGCAAACAACAACAACCACCUCCAUCCACAUGACAGCUACUCAGGCCCUAUUGACACUGACCUACCACCUCCACCACCACCUUCAAGAGCUGUCAGAGAGGGCUGGGCCCCAGCAAAGGACCAUUGCCGGCCUGUGGACCUGCCUCUCCUGCGCUUCAACUCACUAAUGCCACCAGAUGGCUACAUUGAUCCACAAGAUUCUGGAAAAAUGUGAACCAACAGUGGCAAAAUAUAUCAUUAGACUAUCUGAUUUGUUUUUUUUCUUUUUGCAUCUAAAUAAUACUAUAAUCCACUGUGUGUAACCACUACAAUUAAAGUCACAACAAAAU